GCAUAUUGGAAGGUCCCGGUCUUUGAUAUGAGGCGACAAUAUUGGUCUUUCUCCAUUACUAACAUGCAUGUGACAAUUGGGAUAACGUAUGGCAAACAGGAAAUGCAUGUAUAUUAACACAGGAAUCAAUCUUUAUAUGCAAUUCUGAGAUAUGAGGUCAAAGUCAACAAAGGCAGGCGAACUUUUUGUCUACUAUAGUAUUUAGAUAAGAUUAAACAGUUCACCAUGAUUGACUUGCUUGGAGGUGGAGAGUCCAGCUUUGGUCAGCUGAAUGCCUUGACCAUCACAGCAACCCUUGGAGUGGUCACUGCUACUCUGGCUCUGUGGACCAUCAUGAGGCCAAAGGGGUUCCCACCUGGUCCCAGGGGUCUACCUUUCAUCGGCAGCAUCUACAGUAUGACCGAUUCUCCCGAGGUGGUCUUUAAGAAAUGGUCUAAGCAGUACGGUGAUAUCUUCGGGCUUAAGGUCGGGGAAAGAUGGAUGGUCGUUCUUAACCGACAAGCUUUGAUCAAAGAAGCCGUACUCAAACAGGGAGUAGACUUUGCAGAUCGUCCUGAUUUCCAUUCGUUUCACAUUUUCACGGAUGGAUACAAGGACAUCGCAUUCAGUCCAUACAGUGAGACCUGGAAACUUCAUCGCAAGUUGGCUCAUACUGCUCUCAGGCACUUUGCAACCGGCAAACCUCUACAAAAUCUGAUCUCCAGCGUCUAUCCAAAGGUUGAGAUGAGUCUUGCCAAGACUGAAGGAAAGCCAGUGGAUCCAAAAGUCCUGCUAACUCUUCUCAUGUUCAAUGUACUUGCACAGAUGUGUUUUGGAAAGAGUUAUGAUUUGGACGAUCCUAGCAUCGCUGGUUGGAUGAAAUUGAAUGAUGAGCUCAACGAACAGUUUGGACUGGGUCUAGCAGCGGAUUUCUUUACUUGGGCCAAAUACGUUCCCACGAGUGGGCCACGGACCAUGAAGUAUCUCACCGAAAGGUUCUUCUCCUACACUCGUUCACAGAUUGCCGAAUCAACGGAAAAUUAUGAUCCAGAGAACAUCAAUGAUUUCUACAGUCUGCUUCUCAAGGCCCAGGAUGAUGCAAGGAAAGAAGGGGAGAAUGUAGAUAAAAUGACAGAUACCCAUAUCUUCCAGACAAUUUCAGAUAUCUUUGGAGCUGGAACUCAGACCACUAUUGAGACUCUGUACUGGGCCAUGGCGUUGCUUGCGACCUACCAAGAAAUCCAGGCAAAGGUUCAGACCGAGAUCGAUGAUGUCAUCGGACGUGAUCGUCUACCUACCAUCAACGACCGCGGUAAACUUCCCUUCACGGAGGCAACCCUCUACGAAGUAAUGCGGUACAGCAGUAUCACCCCCGUUGCGCUGCCUCACGCUACUACUCGAGAUACUAAAUUGGGAGGCUAUUCCAUCCCCAAGGGUGCGGUUGUGAUGAUCAAUACCUACUCCAUGCACUUUGACCCUCAAGAAUGGGACCAACCAGACAAGUUCCUCCCAGAACACUUCUUGGAUACAAGGGGCACAGUUCGAGAUCACCCUCCAAGCUUUCUACCCUUUGGAGCAGGACGUCGUGGUUGUCUCGGUGAAGCCGUGGCCAAGGCUGAUCUCUUCCUGAUUUUCACAUGGUUCAUGCAGAACUAUACCUUCAGCAGGGUUCCUGGAAAGGAGUCCGAAGACAUCUUGAAGAUGAUUCCUCAGACAGCUUCUGGGAGACUUCUGCGGCCUUAUGAGAUCAUGAUCAACAAGCGUGACUAAUAUAAGUUCUUUAACUUGCUCUAAGUCUGAUGGAGAACAAUGAAUAUUUUAUUGUAGAUGAAUACUUGGGUACCUGAAUAUCAUGGUAGUUCUUAGUCCUACUGGUAGUUUGUCUGAAUACUGCACUGUAAAAACUAUGGUGUUAAAACUGACACCAAUUGGUGUUAAUAGAGGACCACACCCUGAGGUGUUAAGAUAACACCCUAGAGAUUGAACAUAACACCAAAGAGUGUAAAUGUAACAACCAUUUGUGUUGUAAUAACACCUAUAGGUGUAAAACUAGCACCACCAAUUUAACACCGGUGUAAAAUAACUGGUGUGGUCCUCUAUGUACACCGGUUGACACCACAGUUUUUGCUGUGUGUAUACUACGUUAUUAUCAAAAUUCAUCUGUAUUUAAAAUUCAGAUAUGUACGGUGCAACACAUUGUAGCAGCCCUUCAAGAAGACUGUAACAUACUUUGUAACAUAGUAUGUAUGAUUUCAUCAUAAACGUUCUGUCUGGAUUAAGACUGGUUAAGUUUGGAUUGAUGUUAUUUAACAGAUUGAAAUAUCAUAAUCCAUACAUGUAGUGAUUGAGAGGAAUCAUUAUAUUGGGAAAAUCGACUCUCUGUCAUUUCAGAUAGGAUAGCAUUAUAAUAAGUUCACGCCGCUUCCUUCUAGAAUCCACUCAAUAACAAAGGAGUCCCAUGUUAUUCGCGAUACGUAAAUGAAAAUAAAUUCACGUAAAACCCAAUUAUUCAGCCCCCCCCCCC